AUGGCCGACACAGAGGACACCGGUACCUCAUCUGUCUCGGAGCCUCUGGACCUCGUGCGCCUGUCCCUUGAUGAGACCGUUUUUGUGAAGCUGCGCGGGGACCGCGAGCUCAAGGGUCGUCUUCAUACUGCUGACAGUGAUGGAUACGGCCAGGCAUACGAUUCCCACUGCAAUCUAGUCCUAGGCGACGUCGAGGAGACCAUCUACGUGGUGGAGGAGGACGAGAACGAGGAAGAGAUCACCCGGACGAUCAAGAAGCAGGAGGAGAUGCUCUUUGUGCGAGGUGAGUCUGCCAUGAUUGCCGAUGGUGGCAUCGGGACCUACCUAGUCUCCCUCCACUAA